GCCUGCUCAUUUUCCGCUUAUUUCUUACCGCCGCAGUUUCCUCUCGUUUCACUUCCUCUUUACCUCUCCAACGCUUUCUUCUUCUUCUUCUUCUCUCUUGGUUUCGGAAAUUCUGUUCGUCGAUGGUUGCCUGAUAGUUGCCGGCCGCCGAGUUCACCGCUGCAACUAGAUCAUAACGCCGAUCCUUUGAAAUUGUCAAUCACGUUCUCUUUUUCCGUUUCCGGUAACCAGAUUCUAGAAGCUUUUGUCUCUCUUGUUGAGGUAAGCAACUCUGUUCUCUCUGCUUUACAGCAAGAUGUCCGAUCGUCAAAGAUGCACGCUGUCAGUUCUUAUGCCAUUUCCCAGAUUUUGAGUCCUUAAAUCAGCAAUCGCUGACGGAAGUUUAUCCAUCGUGUAUACCGUCGGCCAUGGCGGUUACAAAAGUUUGCUCUGUUAUCUUUUUGGUUGUUUGUUCGUCUGUUUGGAACUUGGAAGCUUGUUUUCUGACGGGGAAUUUUAAUUUUUUCCGAUCAGCCCUGCUUUGAGGAUUCAGGAUGCCUAAAUCGGUGGCCAAAGGGGGAACUAGCCCCGACAGGUUGAGCGAUUUGCCCGACGAAGUUCUGCACUUCAUUCUCUCCUGCGUGGACUCCGAGUCGGCGGUUCGAAGCGGCAUUUUGUCGAACAGGUGGAGAUCACUCUGGAAAACGGUUCCCGUCCUCAAUUUCGACGGCGAAUCCUUCAACGACGACGAACAGAGCUUCAAGCGACAUGUGGACAGAUUUCUGUAUCUCCGUUCCACCACUUUGCACGAGGUUCGACGUGUAUCGGUCCUCAAUUGCCCUGGAUUUGACGAGAGAUCCGACGUCUUGACUGCUCUUUUCCUGUCGAUCUCCCGUUGCGGUCCAUCCUUGGAGACUCUGAACUUGAAAACAGUCCGGCUUUACACCAUGGCUUUUGCUGUGCCCUGUUCUGUUUUCAAAGUGCUCACAAAUUUGACUUUGGUCGACUGCUGCUUCGACUUCUCCUGCUGGUACCAGCAGGGUGACCCUUUUGCUGGUUUCCCCGUGUUGAAGAAUUUGAAGCUGAUUUCUUGCAGCUGCUGCCUUGAUGAUGAUGAUGAUCCUGAUGACGACGAGAAGUGUCUGGAAGUGUACGGACCCGAGCUGCUUAGUCUGGAGAUUCAUGCCCCAUUCGGUUUCGACCAAAUCGAAGUUUCUGCUCCGAAGCUCGAAUCGUUUACUUACAGGGUUGUGAUUCCUGACUUUUCUCCAGUAAUUCAAGUGUCCUUGGAUGUUCCUUCUUUACAGCAUGCUAAUAUAAUGUUGUGGGGUUAUGCGGAUUUGGAUUAUGAGUAUGCCAAGGAAGAGGCAAACGAGCAGUUUUCAGACAUGCUCCUAUGCCUCGGUGGUGUCGAAACUCUCUCCCUGCAAUUCGAUACACUUGAGGCACUGAUCAAUGCUUGUGGCUUGAUGAAGAAUCAGCCAUCGCCGUUUACAAGACUCAAGUCCUUGAAAUUGCUUUAUUCUGAAGGAACUGUUGACAUACCUCCCAAUGUGAUGCACUUCUUUCUUGAUGGUUCUCCUUUCAUGGAUGAAAACGCUGUGAAGCUAACUAAGGUUGCUACUUCCUCAUUCCCGUACAAUCUGCGAGCUUAAACAUGCAUGGUGAAAUAUUGCUACUCAAGGUGCUUAGAAGGUGGAGGUUGAAGAAAGUCGGCUUUGCUCGUGUAACAGAACUCUUUAAAAUAAGCUCUCAAUGUUUCGCAUAUGUACUGGAGACACAACAUUGCUCCUUAAUAAUGGUGUGUGUUUUAUUGGGAGAUACAAUGGGAAAUGAUGAGUGAACUUCUCGUAAUAUACCAACUUUGUUUUCUGGUUAUUUUACAUUACCAUAGCUAAUUAAUAUUCAUGCGCUAA